AUGAUCAGGAUGAUUGCUGCGGGAAGGGAAGGGAAGGGGGGAAAAGAAGGUAUGUUGAAUGGAGAAGGGGCAGAAGAUACGACAAGAUUCUGCCCGGCAUCGAAAGAUAUAAGAAGGUCGCGACAUCCCCCCCAUCAUCGAUCGUCUCUCUUUCUAUUCCUCAUCACUUUCAUCAGCAUCUUCCGCUACAGUCUCUCUUUACCAAUCCAACUACUCACAUUCUUUAACCCUGGUGGUUAUUCAUUCAUUUUUUUUUUACAACACACAUCCAACUCUUCCAACUCUACGUGUUUUCUAAACCAACCAAAUCUCAAAAUGAAGUUCUCCGCUGUCAUCGCCGCCAUCUCGGCCACCGCUGCCUUCGCCGCCCCCGGCUCCGAGUCCAGCCCCAACAACUUCGGCGCCAUCGAGAAGCGUGCUUCCUUCCCCAUCCCCGCCUCCAAGGGAACCGUCACCUACAAGGCCGCCCAGAAGGUCUCUGGCACCUUCGACGGUGGUCUCAAGACCUACGGCCGUGGCGUCAAGUGCACUGGCCAGGCUGAGGGUGGCGACAAGGACGCCGUCUUCAUCCUCGCCAACGGCGCCACCCUCAAGAACGCCAUCAUCGGUGCCGACCAGAUCGAGGGUGUCCACUGCCAGGGCUCCUGCACCAUCCAGAACGUCUGGUGGACCGCUGUCUGCGAGGACGCUCUCUCCCUGAAGGGUGACGGCAACGCCAGCGUCAUUGGCGGUGGUGCCCGCGGCGCCUCCGACAAGGUCAUCCAGCACAACGGUCUCGGCACCGUCACCAUCGACGGCUUCACCGUUGUCGACUUCGGCAAGCUGUACCGCUCGUGCGGUAACUGCAAGACCAUGGGCAAGCGCUCCGUCGUCGUCAAGAACGUCAAGGCCUACAACGGCAAGAUGCUCACCGGCAUCAACUCCAACAAGGGUGACACCUCCACCAUCACUGGCACCUGCGCCACCUCCGUCAAGGAGAUCUGCACCGAGUUCCAGGGCACCACCCCCGGCAACGAGCCCAAGAAGCUCCGCACCGGCGCCAGCUCCGCUUGCAAGUACUCCACCCUCAAGGCCUGCUAA